CUUAGUGCGGAGCUGCAAUAAUUGUGAAAGGCUGUCAUGGAUGCCAUGCUCUGCUUUUUCUUCAGCCGUGGCCAUGACGGCCAUUGGAAUCCUACGCGUUGACCCCUUUGACUCUCUGAUUGCUGAAGUCUUCGCACCACACAACCACUUUCACUUGUUUCCAUCUUCCCUUCUCUACUCUCAGCUCUUUGUUUGCCUUUGCUGAACACCAUGGAAGUUGUUGGAGAGGCUCUUCUUUCCGCUGCCUUUGGCUCGUUGUUUGACAAGUUGGGUUCCUCUGAUCUGAUUAAGUUCGCACGGCAGGAGGAUGUCCACACCGAGCUCGAGAAAUGGGAGAAGGAGUUGCAGAGCAUCCGGCAAGAGGUCAACGACGCGGAGGAGAAGCAGAUCACACAGGAGGCUGUCAAAUCAUGGCUGUUCGAUCUGAGGGUUUUGGCGUAUGAUAUGGAUGACAUCUUGGACGAGUUUGCUUACGAAUUGAUGAGGACAAAGCUGAUGGGGGCUGAAGCUGAUGAAGCCAGCACAAGCAAGAAACGCAAGUUCAUUCCUACCUUCUCUACUAGUUUCAGUCCAACUCAUGUUGUGCGUGAUGUUAAGUUGGGGUCCAAGAUUAGAGAGAUCACCAGCAGAUUACAACAUAUUUCAGCUAGAAAAGCUGGACUUGGACUGGAAAAGGCGGCAGGAGGAGCUACUUCUGCUUGGCAAAGGCCACCACCCACUACACCUAUAGCAUACGAACCUGGGGUUUAUGGCAGGGAUGAAGAUAAAAAAGUGCUUCUUGAUUUGCUGCACAAGGUUGAGCCCAAUGAAACCAAUGUUGGCGUCAUUUCCAUUGUUGGCAUGGGCUGGCUGGGCAAGACAACGCUUGCACGGCUGGUUUACAAUGAUGAAAUGGCCAAAAAUUUUGAUCUAAAAGCGUGGGUUUGUGUAUCUGAUGUGUUCGAUGUGGAGAAUAUAACAAAAGCAAUUCUCAAUUCGGUGGAAAGUUCUGAUGCAAGUGGCUCGUUGGACUUCCAACAAGUUCAAAAGAAAUUAGCAGACGCAUUGACAGGGAAAAAGUUUUUACUCAUUCUAGACGAUGUGUGGAACGAAGAUUCUGGUAAUUGGAACAGCUUGCGCGCCCCUUUUAGUGUAGGGGCAAAAGGAAGCAAAGUCAUGGUCACAACACGCAAUAAAGGAGUUGCAUUGAUGAUGGGAGCUGAGAAGAAUGUUUAUGAACUAAAAACUUUAUCAGAAGAUGCCUGCUGGUCAGUGUUUGAGAAGCAUGCGUUUGAACAUAGAAAUAUCGAUGAACAUCCAAACCUGGUGUCUAUUGGUAGGAAAAUUGUCAACAAGUGUGGCGGAUUGCCACUGGCGGCAACAACGCUUGGUGGCCUUUUACGCUCUAAACGAAGGGAAGAUGAAUGGGAAAAAAUAUUAAGUAGUAAAAUAUGGGGAUGGUCAGGCACAGAACCUGAGAUUCUCCCUGCGUUGCGAUUGAGUUAUCACUAUCUCCCUUCACAUUUGAAGAGGUGUUUUGCUUACUGUGCAAUGUUCCCCAAGGACUAUGAGUUCGACUCCAAAAAUUUGGUCCUUCUGUGGAUGGCCGAAGGUUUGAUUCAACAACCAAAAGGUGGUAGACAUACAAUGGAAGAUUUAGGCGAUGACUAUUUUUGCGAGUUAUUGUCAAGAUCAUUCUUUCAAUCAUCGAGUAAUCAUGAAUCACAUUUUGUGAUGCAUGAUCUUAUUCAUGACCUAGCUCAAGGUGUUGCUGGAGAAAUAUGUUUUUGUUUGGAAGAUGAGUUGGAGUGUAACCGGCAAUCCACAAUUUCCAAAGAGACUCGUCAUUCAUCAUUUGUUCGUAGAGAUGGGGAUGUGCUAAAAAAAUUUGAAGCUUUUCAAGAGGUAAAGCAUUUACGGACAUUUGUUGCUUUAAAUAUUCAUUGGGCGUCUACAAAAUCUUAUGUAACUAGUUUGGUGUGUAAUCAUCUAGUGCCAAAAUUUCAACGACUAAGAGUUCUCUCUCUGAGUCAAUACAAUAUUUUUGAGCUACCAGAUUCUAUUUGUGAAUUGAAACAUCUACGCUAUUUGAAUCUGUCCUACACCAAAAUAAGAUCUUUGCCUGACUCAGUGGGCAAUCUCUAUAAUUUACAAACAUUGAUGUUAUCCUUUUGUAUGCAUCUUACGAGGUUACCUCCCAACAUUGGAAACUUAAUUAAUCUUCGACAUCUCAGUGUUGUUGGAUGUUCAUUGCAAGAGAUGCCACAACAAAUAGGCAAAUUAAAGAACCUGCAAACAUUGUCUGAUUUUAUUGUGGGCAAAAGUGGAUUUUUGGGAAUAAAGGAGUUGAAGCAUUUAUCACAUCUCCGAGGGAAGAUUCGUAUUUCACAAUUGAAAAAUGUGGUGAAUAUUCAAGAUGCCAUAGAUGCCAAUCUAAGGACUAAGCUCAAUGUUGAAGAGUUGAUUAUGCAUUGGAGUAAAGAGUUCGAUGAUUUGCGAAAUGAAGACACCAAAAUGGAAGUCCUCCUCUCUCUACAACCUCAUACUAGUUUGAAGAAACUCAAUAUUGAAGGCUUCGGUGGUCGGCAAUUCCCCAACUGGAUAUGUGAUCCCUCUUACUCUAAAUUGGCGGAGUUAAGUCUCUAUGGUUGUAUAAGGUGCACAUCACUGCCUUCAGUUGGGCAACUACCCUUCCUAAAGAGGUUGUUCAUCGAAGGAAUGGAUGGAGUGAGAAGAGUGGGGCUGGAGUUUGAGGGGCAGGUUUCUCUUUAUGCUAAGCCUUUCCAAUGCUUGGAGUCUUUAUGUUUUGAAAAUAUGAAGGAAUGGAAAGAGUGGUCAUGGUCAAGAGAGUCAUUCUCUCGCCUCCUCCAGUUGGAGAUAAAAGAUUGUCCAAGACUGAGUAAGAAAUUACCCACUCACCUAACUUCUCUAGUAAGACUUGAAAUUAACAAUUGCCCAGAAACGAUGGUUCCACUUCCAACACAUCUGCCUUCUCUUAAAGAGCUCAAUAUUUAUUAUUGCCCAAAAAUGAUGCCUCUAUGGUCCUCUUUUGCAUUUGACCCUUUUAUAUCAGUGAAGAGAGGGAGUAGAAGUGCAACUGACAUCACCUCAGGUAUUUAUUUAAGAAUUAAUGGAAUGUCAGGGCUUUCUAGACUCGAGCAAAAGUUUUUGCGGUCUUUGCCAAGGCUUCAACUUCUGGAAAUUGACAAUUCUGGUGCUCUGGAAUGUUUGUGGGAAAAUGGGUUGGGAUUAGGAAACCUUGCUAGUCUUCGAGUAUCGGGUUGUAACCAACUUGUAUCCUUGGGAGAGGAGGAAGUGCAAGGGCUGCCUUGCAAUAUUCAAUAUUUGGAGAUAUGUAAGUGUGAUAACUUGGAGAAGCUUCCACAUGGAUUACAAAGCUAUGCAUCUCUUACAGAGUUGAUUAUCAAGGAUUGUUCAAAAUUGGUGUCAUUUCCAGACAAGGGUUUCCCGCUCAUGCUUAGACGUCUUACUAUUUCUAAUUGUCAGAGUCUAAGUAGCCUACCUGAUAGCAGUAAUUGCUGCAGCAGCGUGUGUGCCCUUGAAUACUUGAAAAUAGAGGAGUGUCCUUCUCUCAUUUGCUUUCCAAAAGGGCAGUUACCCACCACCCUUAAGGAACUGUAUGUAUCCGUUUGUAAAAAUCUGAAGUCUCUUCCAGAAGACAUCGAGGUUUGUGCCCUUGAACACAUAGAUAUAAGGUGGUGUUCGUCUCUCAUUGGUUUUCCAAAAGGAAAGCUACCAUCAACUCUCAAGAAUCUCACGAUAGGAGGGUGUAAAAAGCUAGAGUCUUUACCAGAGGGAAUAAUGCAUCACCAUUCCAACCACACAACCAAUUGUGGUCUUCAAUUCUUGGAUAUCUCGAAAUGUCCAUCUCUCACAUCCUUCCCUAGAGGCAGAUUUCUCUCUACCCUUAAAUCUAUAAGGAUUUGUGAUUGUGCACAGCUGCAGCCAAUUUUGGAGGAGAUGUUUCACCGCAAUAAUAAUGCACUUGAAGUUUUGUCCAUCUGGGGAUAUCCCAAUCUCAAAACUAUACCAGAUUGCCUCUACAACCUCAAACAUCUUCAGAUCAGAAAAUGUGAGAAUCUGGAGUUGCAGCCUUGUCAAUUGCAAAGCCUCACUUCUCUCACAUCACUUGAGAUGACUGAUUGUGAGAAUAUCAAGACCAUACCAGAUUGCUUCUACAACCUCAGAGAUCUUCGGAUCUAUAAAUGUGAGAAUCUGGAGUUGCAGCCUCAUCAAUUGCAAAGCCUCACUUCUCUUGCAACACUCGAGAUCAUUAAUUGUGAGAAUAUCAAGACACCCUUAUCAGAAUGGGGCCUUGCCAGAUUGACCUCCCUUAAAACUCUCAUCAUUUCUGAUUAUCACCACCACCACCACCACCACCACCCAUUCCUUCUUCCUACUACUGUAGUUGAGCUUUGCAUUUCAAGCUUCAAGAAUCUGGACUCCUUGGCCUUCCUAUCUCUCCAAAGGCUCACCUCUCUUAAAAGUCUAUGUAUCUCCCGAUGUCCUAAUCUCCAGUCGUUUUUGCCAACGGAAGGGCUGUCUGACACGCUUUCAGAACUAUCUAUAAAUGGUUGCCCACUCCUGAUUCAAAGGUGCUUAAAAGAGAAAGGGGAAGAUUGGCCUAAGAUUGCCCACAUCCCCUAUGUGAAAAUAGAUGGCCAAUUGAUCUUUGAGCAAUAAAAAGUUGAGAUUGCAGCAAAAUGAAUGCAGAGACCAUUCCACUAUAUCCUCUCCUUAUGUGCCACUAUUCGUUGAUAUGAAGGUGAAAAUAAUGCAAAUGGAAUCCAAUUCUCUAACCACAGGGUCAGCCAGUUAAAGUGAGUAUACUUUAUUUCAUUAAUGAUCUUUUUUGACUCCUUGCAUUUCAAUUGCAUUGUCCUCAAGUAGCAUUCUUAUCUGACAUAUCUCUAAAUAAAGUUCUCCAUUUUUUCCCCUAAAUAUUCAUAGAUAUGCAUCUAUUAACUUAGGCCAUGUUCUUAAGGCUUUAUAGACCUAUGAUUUAUCAACCUAUGAUUUCAUGUUUCUCCAUCACAGUAUUGGAUCAUGUUUUUAUAAUUUUUCAUUUGUCAACAUGAUCUUUAUUCAACUUACAGGCUUUUCAAGUCAGUAAUAAAUAAUAUCUCCGAUUGAAAUGCUUCAUUUUCUAGGAAUAUCUCUGAUUUUAACUACAUUUCCUUUUACAAUAAUUCAGGAUUGGCUUUUGCUCUAAAAUAUCGAUUCUUCAUUUUGGUCUCCUUCACAGUCAAUAAGUCCUGGCCCACAAAUUACCAUCUCAUGUGGACUCAGGAGAAAGGAAAUCCGCACGUUGAAAUACAGUGAGCUAUGCUAAUUCUUACAUAUUCAAAACCUUUUUAUUUGUAAAGCAUAUUCUGAUGGCAUUUCAAUAUUUAUGUAUUCAUUUCAUUUUAUUUUAAAUUUUUAAGUAGAUUCAGGGGUCAAAAUAGUUACCAUUGGCUUCAGAAUUGAACUUCAACUUCUGAGGAGCAUUCCCUUGUUGUAACACAAAAUGCUUUUGGAAGCUGGUUAUAGAAUUCCUGGGGAAUGGUGAUUUUCCCUAUUAAUUUGAUACACUUUUUGACUCAUUCUCCAGCAUAUUAUUGGAGAACCUAUUUUUUCCCCUCAAUCUAUUACUUCUAGGAAGAUUUUAACUCAAGUUGUUGCAUGGUUUCAUUUGAAAAAAUUGUCAAAUCCUCUUUUAUGUGAAGUUAUGGAUCUUUAAUUAGUGUUUUGCAGACCCCUAAUAUUAGGAUUUCUCUUUAAAUCCUUGAACCCAAUGUACCAUCUCAAACAUUUACAGAUGAAUGCUGGAAAUUGGAUAGGCUGAUGAAGGCCAAAGAACCAAUUUGGGGUAGAUUUGGAGAUCAAUCACUCAAUGGUUCAGAUGAUUUCUUUUUCUAGUUUCAUUUGAUUUAGAGUAGAUUCAGAGGCUAUACUCAUAGUAAUAAAUACACAGUACCCUGCUUUUCAUGGUGAUCAUGUUAGACUAAGAUUUUUUAUCAAUCUCUACAUGUGGCUUAUGCCAAGAAGUGAAAGCCAUUACUCAUGGCAGGUUACGUUCUGGGGCUUGUGAAGGAUGGAUGGACCUGAACUUAAGCAUUUUUUACUGAAGAUGAUGAAUGGAGACUUGAAUCUGCCCUAUUUCACCAAGCAACAGCAUAAAAAAUUAUGUAAGAUACAUCCCUGUCGCUAAAGCUAAACAAAGGUUGUGUUUUCCCCUAAACUCAGAAAGGUUCAGAUUUCAAUCUUGUCUUGUAGCUGAUGCUUUUGGAAGCUCCUCAAACCCGAAAUUUUGAGUGCUUCAUCUGGUUUUCACAUGUAUGGUUUACAUCCUGCCAGUUCAAUUGGCCAACAAAUGAUCCAUUAGUCCAGAGGAAGAUCAUUGCUGACAAUGAAAAUGGAAGAGAGCAUCAAUAGAAGUUUUGAUGGACUUGAAUGAAGUUCAAAAAACUUGAGGACCAGAUCACCUGUAGAACUUCUGGGAAGCGCAUAUCAACCACACUCCACAAGUGAAACGUUACUUUUCCGAUGAUGUUUCAAGAUUUCAGACUCAAGGCAUUGCUGGAGUAUUGAGGAUCAUUCAUUGAAUUCUGAAUGUAAGACACAAGCAAGUUUUGUUUACACAGGUUAAUGUUGAUAAAUUUUCAUAGUAGGGUAGUUGAGAUCAUGGUUCCUGAAUAUGUUGUUCAUUGUAUUCAUCUCAAGUGACCGAACAAGGGUACCUUUUAUCGUUAAGAAAUGCAUGUCCAGAUAUUCUUCCCUCCAAA